AUGGCGGUGCCCCCUAACCGCAGAUGCGGCCCUGCUUGGGAACGGAAGGACGACGCUCCUGCCGUCAAGUCCACAUUUUCCUCGGUUUUUUACCAGUGUCUAUACUUUGGCCCAUCGGCGGACUACAGAUACGAGGGCAAAAUAAUGUUGACGGAGGUGCUUGCGGACGGCGAUUACUCAACCCUCUUCUACAGGUCAAGGAACGGCAUCGUCUCAGAAGUCGAGUUCACUAGACCGGAAGAUUGCUUUUAUACCGGGGAAGUGGAGACUGCCCCCAACACAUCCUACGCUGCAGUAGAUACUUGCUCGGGUCUCAGGGGUGCAAUUUUCUAUCAGAAUGUUACGUACGUUAUAUUUCCGUUGCCGUGUCCCUCGUGUGAACCUCAGACCGCACCGCACCUCAUUCUACCAUGGCAGGCAACUCCUGUUGCUCGGAAUGCAUCGAUGCGCACAUUCUGGAAGCCAGUUGACCUGAUGGCAAUGCUACAAACCAGUCUGGAGCGAGGCGUAUCCGCCGCAACUGACACACUUCACACUCUCUGGCUGGAAUUUAUAGUCGAUGAGAAUCUUCAUUUCAGGGACCUGCCCAUUCGAAUUCAUCUGCUGCGAACGCAGGUUUGGAACCUUGGUAAUCGGAUGCCAGUAGAGAGGAGCAUUAAAGCUACCUUGAAUGGCAUUCAACGCUAUCGGUCUGAACAGGGCUCUGUCAGCAGCAGAGUCGAGGGGGCUCUGCGCCGACACAAGCGGAACCCCCAAGACCUCGAUGACAGCGGCCCUCCACAGCCGUCACCAGGUGCCUUUAAACACGUGGAAUACCGCAAGUCGGAUAUCACCUUGUUCCUUACGUCCUCGACGGAAAUUGAGUUCGUCGAAGGUGUCGAUUACAUCGCCGUUCCUGGAUCGAUUUGCACCCCUCGAGGAACCGCGGUAGUCAGAGUAAACUUGACCGAUUUUGAGUUCCAUGUAGCCCGUCUGGUCUCCAAGUCAAUUGCCGAAAUUCUUGGCAUAUUGUCAUUCCCCUGUCCCGAGAUGUACAGUUGCGACGACCGCGAGGUAUUUUCCCGGGGAGACCUCUCGCGCCUCAGACUCGCCCUUCUCAGCGGGAUAUCUGCCUGUCUGAGGUCCGCCUCCGUGGAGGCAAGUUUCCACGCCUUGUAA